CCCCUUUGUAUUUUCACUCAUUGAUGCCCUCCUUGAAACUUCCCCGACAUGCCUAUAUAUAGAUGUUGUCUUAAACAGUUAUCAUGACAUUACUCAAAGAAAAGCUUUGAGAAGUUUGCUUGUGCUGGUGGGCAAUCUGAGACAAUGGUGGGUGUCGUCUCAUUGAUCACAGGGAGGGCAGGUCCGAGUGGGUUUGGCUCUGCUUCAACUGCAGAGAAGGUCACCCAAGGAAUCGAUGCCUCUAAUCUCACUGCCAUUAUCACAGGGGGAGCAAGUGGAAUUGGCUUAGAGACAGCAAGAGUUUUAGCUCUUCGAAAGGUCCAUGUCAUCAUUGCUGCGAGGAAUAUGGAAGCUUGCAAGAAAGCAAAGAAGCUUAUUCUCGACCAAAACCAGUCUGCUCGUAUCGAUAUACUGAAGCUCGACCUGGCUUCGGUCAAAUCUGUCAGAGUAUUUGUUGACAACUUCAUCGCUCUUGAUCUUCCUCUCAACAUCUUAAUAAACAAUGCUGGAGUUAUGUUCUGCCCUUUCCAAUUAUCGCAGGAUGGGAUUGAGAUGCAGUUCGCAACAAAUCAUAUCGGUCAUUUCCUCUUGACCAAUCUUCUUCUUGACAAGAUGAAACAAACUGCAAAAGCCAGUGGAAUUGAGGGAAGGAUCGUGAAUCUGUCAUCAGUUGCCCAUAACUAUACUUACUUAAAGGGGAUUCGAUUUGACAAGAUCAACAAUCGAACUGGUUACUGUGACAAGAAGGCGUAUGGGCAGUCCAAGCUGGCUAACAUUCUGCACUCAAAUGAGCUAGCUCGCCGCCUACAGGAAGAAGGUGUGAACAUUACAGCCAACUCAGUCCACCCAGGAGUCAUAAUGACUCCUCUCAUGAGACAUUCUUCCUUUCUUAUGCAUCUCCUGAAAGUUUUCACCUUUUACAUAUGGAAGAAUGUCCCACAGGGAGCAGCCACAACAUGCUAUGCUGCUCUGCACCCCAGAGUGAAAGGCGUGAGUGGGGAAUAUUUUGAGGAUUGCAAUGAGCAUAAACCAAGUUCAUAUGCCAGAAACCAAGUGCUAGCCACCAAACUCUGGGAUUUCAGCAACACGGUCAUCAAUUCACUUUCCAGGACUUAGAUUCGAGUGCUUCACUUGAAUUAUCAACCCUCCUUAUGAAUAACACACCUCAUAUGGUUACAAUCGCAAUUCCUGGUUUUCUGUAUCUGUAAUGUCCCUUGAAUAUUUUCAUACUUUCCGUUAUAAGUAAA